CUUGCUUGGUCACUACGUCAUUAACCGCCAAUCAAAUAAAACGGGGAAUAAAACACAACAGGAAACAAAACUGAACACAAAGCACAAGUGAAAUGAUGCAGUAGAUAAUAUACAGACGAUAAAAUAAACAUUCGCCGGCGGUUGUGAAAAUAGAAUUAAAAAAAAUGUAAACACUUCUAUUAACAAAAAAAAAAAAAUAGAAUCAACAUGAAUAUUGCGACCGACCAAAAUCAAAUUUAAAACAACACUAAAACAAGCAAAACAAACGCACGUGAUUGAUCAUCAAACAGCCACCGAUAACAGCAAUAUGACUUCCAAUUCACCACCACCACAGAGCGCCGGCAUACGGCCGCUAGCAGCUGGUGAGAGCGCGACAUCUUCAUCACCAUUUCGUUCGCUACUGUCCAGUCCAUUGUUGUCACGACAACGUGCCAACAUCGCAGCGCGCACAUCGUCCACAUCAUCAGUUUCAUCGCCCGCGUCGCCGCAGCUUCCGCCACCGCGUCCCGCUUCCGUGUUGCCGAGUUUUCUUGGCAGUCCACUGGCAACACCGCCGCCACCAUCGCAAGCAUCUGUGGCCACAGGGUUGAGUGUAGAUUUAAGUCAAGAAGAUCAUGGUAUACGCGAACAAGAUCCCAAGCCAAGUCCGCUACUGCGUGAAGAGUCACCCAUACCAGCCACAUGUACGUCCAGCGCACGCACGCCCACACCCGGCGGAGAAAACACGGGCACACGUGCUGAAACACCGGCUGAGCCCAGUACGCCUGGUGGUACGCAACCCAUUUCACCACACUCUUCAACGGGUUCCACAGCGACGGUGCCACAGCAAUUUUGCCUGCGUUGGAAUAAUUACCAAAGUAAUUUGACGAGCGUUUUCGAUCAACUCUUACAAACAGAGUCGUUUGUCGACGUGACCUUGGCAUGCGAUGGCCGCUCGAUUAAAGCGCAUAAAAUGAUACUCUCCGCUUGUUCGCCCUAUUUUCAGAUGCUCUUCUCAGAUACACCUUGCCAGCAUCCCAUUGUGAUAAUGCGCGAUGUCAAUUGGGCCGAUCUUAAGGCGAUCGUGGAAUUCAUGUAUCGUGGUGAGAUCAACGUUAGCCAAGAUCAAAUUGGUCCACUUUUGCGGAUAGCGGAAAUGCUGAAAGUACGCGGUCUAGCGGACGUGAGCGCGGGUAGUGUAUCCGCGGAGGAAGCAGCAGCUGAGCGUUUGUUGAAAGAUUUACAUUCUCCCUCCAAAUCGAGUUCACCCAAAAGAGGUGGUGGCGAAAGCGUCUCGCCUUUAUUAAAGCGAGAACGGAAGGACUACCACGAUGCACUGGGUGAGACAGAGGAUCCGCUUGCAUAUCUAGAUGCUGAGAAAAAGAUGCGCUUGGGACGCACGGACUGGAAUUUUGGGGCUGCGACCAGUGGUAGCAGCAUUAGUGGUGACAAUCUCAGCGGCAGUAGCGCCAAUCACGAGUUGCGUCUAUCACCACUUCUCUUGCCGCAUCAUCAACAACAACUACAACAACAAGCUCGUCAUGUCCGCAAACGACGUUGGCCUUCAGCAGACAUGAUCUUUAACCCACCACCGAGUCCAUUAAGUGGUCUUAUUGCUGCCGAGCGCGCAGAGCGGGAGCGUGAGCGAGAACGAGAGCGUGCGAGAGAACGUGAUCGUGAUUGUACAAUUAUAACACCGCCACAAACGACAGCAGCAAGCGGCAUAGCUCCCUCAAGCACCACACAGUCUAGUGCGCGUAGCACGUCGCGCCUAACACCUUCACUACUCGACACCGCCGCGAACUUAGACCUACCCUCACCAUCAACGACUCCGGCAGCAUCAAUGUUGCGUCCAAUGCGCACACCACCAGGUGUCGGCGUACAUCUCACGCAUCAGCAAUCGCAACAACAUGCGCACCACCACCAACAACAGCAGCAGCAACACCAACAGCAGUCGCAAUCUCAACAGUCGCAUCUUCUACACGCCCACCGCUCAUCACCAGCGUCAUCAGCGACAACGCCCACACUACCGUCCAGCUUGAUCAGUGGUCAGCUGACAGCGACGCCUGUCGGCGGCAGCGGUAGCAGUGCCGGUCGUUCGGAGCGAUUUAGUGGCGCAGCUGAUUCGCGAUUUGCACUGGGCUCACAAGCGGCUGCGAUGGCGGCCGCUGUGGCAGCACAAAUGGAUUUGGGCGCCAUGGGCAUGCCGCAUGGCACUGGCGCGCCACCGACACAUGGUCCACCGCAUCAUCAUGGCUCUUCACUGGCCGACGAUCUGGAAAUAAAACCGGGUAUUGCGGAAAUGAUACGCGAGGAAGAGCGGGCCAAAAUGCUGGAGAACUCACAUGCUUGGAUGGGCCCCUCAAGCUCUUCGACAAUUGCAGCAGACAGCUACCAGUAUCAGUUGCAAUCGAUGUGGCAGAAAUGUUGGAAUACCAAUCAAAGUCUCAUGCAUCACCUGCGUUUCCGAGAACGUGGUCCCCUUAAAUCGUGGCGACCCGAAACAAUGGCCGAAGCCAUAUUCAGUGUACUCAAAGAGGGUCUCUCACUAUCGCAAGCAGCACGCAAAUACGACAUACCCUACCCAACCUUCGUACUGUAUGCUAAUCGUGUGCACAACAUGCUCGGUCCGUCCAUAGAUGGUGGGCCAGAUUUGCGUCCGAAGGGACGUGGUCGGCCACAACGUAUACUACUCGGCAUUUGGCCCGAUGAACAUAUUAAGGGUGUCAUUAAGACGGUGGUCUUCCGCGAUGCAAAGGAACUGAAGGAUGAUAGUUUGGUGCCACAUUUGCCAUAUGGUCGGCAUUCGGAUGGUCCAUUAAACUACCCCGGCAUGGGUGGUCCUUGUCCGAAUGGUGUACCCACACCGGCUGGUGAUCAGAUGUCACAAGAGGCCACAGCUGCUGCCGUGGCUGCUGUGGCCCACAAUAUACGUCAGCAAAUGCAGUUGGCUGCCGCCGUACAACAUCAACAUCCGUCGGAGGGCCCUGGUGGUGCUGGUUUGUUUAAUAUACCACCGCAUUUACAGCCACACUUAGCCGCUGCAGCUGCUUCUGGACCUGCGGGAUCCGCAUCCGGUGUGCACGGUUCAGUGCCACUACCAAAAACGAGUAUUUCUCCUGCUCUCAGCACUACAUCGAAUCCCGGUGCCGGCGCAAUGUUAGGCCCACGACAUGCUCCAUCGCCCUGUGGUCCUGGCCUGCCGGGUCUCCCGCCUAACUUACCGCCCAGCAUGGCGAUGGCUUUGCAUAUGGGUCGUUGUGAUCCAACCGCUGUACUCAGCCAGCAACAACAGCAUCAGUUGCAACAUCUGCACAUGCAGCAACAGCAGGCGUUACAACAACAGCAGCAUCAACAGCAGCAGCAUCAGCAGCAGCAACAACAGCAUCCUCUUGGUUACGGUGUUAGUUCCAUGUCACAUCAUGGUGGCCCCACUGCUACCGCCACCUCAACCUCAUCUUCCAGCCAUCUUUAUCAGCCACAACAACAUCAGCACCAGCACCAACAGGCGCAAAAUCAGCAGCAACAACAACAGCAUCAGCAACAGCAUCAGCAUCAGCAACAACAUCAGCACCAACAGCAACACCAAAAGCAACAACACCAGCAGCAACACCAUCAGUCAGUCAACCUUGGCGGCACGGCAUCUAAAAUGAAAUGUCCAUCACCCUCAUCUCUACUUGAACACCAACGCCCCAGUCCAAGCGUCGAUUCACAUUUACACUCAACGCUUACCGAGCUGGGCUUAGAUAUGGGCUUUAAAACCUCGCGAAGUAGUGCUUAUUCACCGACACGUCUCUUCUCCGAGGACCUCGCAGCCUUGGUGGGCGCAAGUGAGGAUUCUCCACCAGAUACGGCAGCGACCUCGACCAUCGUUAGCAGAACCAGCACAGUAACGACAUCGGCCAUGACGUCCGGCAGUCACGCGGAUGUUAGUAUAACUUCCAGUGCAACGAGCGGUAACAUAAGUUCCAGUAAUAUAAAAAUCGAACCCAUCACAACAAGUAGCGAAUAAGGAAACAUUUAUCCAACCUAUCCUAAGAUGUUAUAGUGUACUUUUUGAAGUAUAAUUUACUUGAAUAUUUUACAGGGAAAGUUUAGACGGGGAUGCAAUUUUUUCUUAGUUAGUAGAUCAUUUGUCCCAAAAGUAUUUUCUCUAUCAGAGCUCAUUCAUUGACCGUGCAUUGACUUAGAGUCUGGUCUGCGGAUAUGAACUGAAAAAAAUUUUAAUUUCUAGAGCCCAAUUCGGUAUUCUUUACUUUUCUGAGUUAGUGAAGUCACAAAGUCUUCGAGCUUACACUAGGUGAUCUGUAUAGAUACCUUCAUCGGAUUAAUUAAGCGGAUUUAGUUCUGGAAAGAAAGGAAAUUUGAGUAUUUCGACAGAUCUGCUAAGAUUUUAUCAACUGUCUUCUUACUAGAGAUGUCGAAAAAGACUAACUUACUGUUUUGCAGGAAAAGUAAAAUUUUAACACUAUCUAAAAAUGUAACCAGUGCAUGCUCUGCCCAAUCUGCUGGAAAGAGAGCCCGCAGUCUGCUUCAAUUAUCGUGGAAAUAGUCCUCUCAAUAUCCCAUAUAAGGUCCAGUCUGGCAUUUUGAGUGAAAGGUCCUGUCUCAUUAAUGUGACCGGAUAUACCAUCUCUUUAUCGAUUUUAAAGUUGCCUUCGAUAGCCCGAAAAGAACCUACCUCUAUACCACCAAAUCUGGCUUUGGAACCACCGCAAAACUAAUGCGGCUGUGCUAACUUACACAACCAUAUCCUCUCAACAAACAACGACCAAACUCUACAAGCCGCUCAUUAUUCCCCUCCUAUUUUAUUAUGCAGAAGCAUGAGUAUCCUAUAAGUCGGCUUUGAGAGUCUCCGAGAGAAAGUUUUUGUGGAAGAUUUAUUGCCCUCUUCGUAUAGGGAACGGAGCGCUGAAAUUAAUGUGAUAUACGAGCUAUUGACCUAGCUCAGAGAAUUGGCAGUCCGGGGCUUCUCUGACUAGGUAAUGUCAGCCGAACAGAUGAAAAAGCUUCAGCCAGAAAAAAGGGUAUUUUACCGUUUGGGAGUAUCAAGAAGAGAGCGAGCUAAAAUUUUUAACCUCCUUAAAUAAUCCAUUCGGACAAUGCAAAGUUAGUCAUAGGAUUUCCUUAAACGCUAGAUUAAUCACACUUGUUUCAAGGAAAUCUUUUUAUAAAAAAAAUAUGCAGAGUUGCAAUUGAGAAUAUUAAAAGAAUUUAAAUUAAAAAAUAAGUGAAAAACUUGUUUUCGUGAUGAAGAGAAAGAUUGGA